AUGCAACUCUGCAAGACGUUCUACCUAAACGAUCUUCUUAUCGAUGUGACAGAGGUCGAGCCUUUAGAUCCACAGCGCCCGGUGUUUCGCUUGACGCUCUCCUCUCCGUUACCUCUCGUGGAUCCAACUGCUGAGAUUGAUGCUCCAUCGACAGUUAUAGUCAAGCAACAGAAGAUCAAUUCGGAGGACGAGUUUAAACAAGAGAUACAAGCAUACGAAAAGUUGAAAGAACUCCAAGGAACGGUUAUUCCAAUCUUUUACGGUCAAGGCUCCUUCAAUGGCCUUGAUGCGUUUGUGAUUUCGGAGGUUAAGGGGGUCACCUUACAUGAUCUCGCUCGAGCCAACUUCGGCGUCCAGGAGGAUGCGCUAAAGAUGCACCUUGAGAAAGCACUAGGCGCCUUCGAUAAGCACAAAGCAUUAUACUGGGACGCAAAGCCAGAUAACUUCCUGUUUUGCGCUAAACAAAGCAAAGUCAUGAUUGUGGAUCUUGAGCAAGUCGAGUUUCCCUGUCCUCUUCAGCCCUGGCAUCGUAACUCGGGCAGCGUGGAUAAUCUGAUGAGCAAAUUUAGAGAUGGGCGAAACCCGAACCGUCCACUAUCGCCCGCAGGUGUUUGGGAUCAGCCAGGUGCCGAGGACGAGGGCGGAUCGAAAAUGGUUGGGCUACGGGGGCCUGUGGGACGGAUGAAGGAAGGAACUCCAAAGAGCCGUGUUCCAUGUUAA